AUGUAUAGGUAUCCUACUGCUUAUAAGGCAUGUACUAACAAAUCUUGUUAUCUUGCUGAGAUGAUUCAUGAGGGGGUGUUGUGUCUGAAGUCAAGAAGAAAUUUAUCUGUUCAAGAGGAAUUAGAAUGGAAUUUUUUGUGUAAUGAGAUAGGACCUGUACCUAUAUUGGUGGAUGAUGAGGAUAAUGUUUCUUGGUUGGGAGAGGAGUGUACAGUAAAUAAAGGUUAUGAGCUACAACUUCAAGAAGACACACCUUGUAACUUUGAUAAGUUCUUAUGGAAAUCAGAUAUCCCAUACAAGAUAAGUUUCAUGCUUUGGGAAAAUUUUCAUGACUCUCUACCUACUUUAUGUAUGUUGGAACAUAGAGGGGUAAAUAUACAAAAUACUAUAUGUAGUUUGUGUAAUAGAGAAGAGGAGACAAAAUACCAUAUUUUUCUUCGUUGUGAUCUUGCAAAACAAGUUUUUGAUUACUUUGUUAAGGCCUGUCAUGUGAACUGGAAUCUUCCUGCAGCAGUUUUUGAUUUGUUUCAGUAUUGGAAAGGUGUUGUUCUAAAUGGCAAAAUGAAGGAGGUUUUGGAGGAGCUCAUAUAUGCAAUCUUAUGGCAUUUAUGGAAGACAAGGAACAACAUGACUUUUGGAGGAAAGAAACAAAUAUUUGAAGAAGUGUGUUUAAAUAUCAAGCAAUCCAUUAUUCGUUGGUGCUUUGAGAAAGAUAUUUUUAGAGGGUAUUAUGUUAGUCAAUUUUUUUUCAAUUGGGAAACUGUUUUGCACUUAUAA